CAUGUAUACACAGAAUGCUGGACGGUGAGGAAGGAGGCAGGACGUGAUCCUGAAGAGGAGAGCUGACACUUAAAAUUGGGUAUACACACUAAUUUAUAUAUAUUUAUUUCUAUAUAUAUAUAUACACACACACACACAGUACAGAAUGGAGUUUUGGACAUGAAGUCCAUUGCCAUGAAGACACUUGUUCACAUAUAGACCUGUGUGUGAGCCCCAACUUAGCUCUUUCACACACACACACACACACACACAAACAAACACAGCAAGACAGAUGUGUGGCAAGAGAGACAAAGAAACAUCUCACUACAAGGGACAGAAGACACACGGAAGACACAGCCCUCAUCCGUUCUCCUAUGGGAAGAUGUCUCCUGUCCUGCUGAUGGCGAUUCUGUCCAUGCUUUCUGAAAGUUUGGCUUCGAAGACAGUCAACACUUCCAGCACUGAAAAUAUAUCAACAGAGUCGUUCCAAGAAGAAAUGUCAGAGAGGUGCAUUGUGGAUUCUGUGGCCCUCAGCAACCAACCGGUUCAGACCCAAGAGACGGUGUUCCAGCUGGUGAAUACGUCCUGCAGCUUCAUCCAGGCUUUCCACUACUGCCAGAGCCACUUCAGCUCCCUCACCUUCCAAGUUCAGAAGGAGGAUGAAGAGGGCAUGAGGAACGUUCUGGCUCAGACUGGGAUGCACCGUCCGGUCUGGGUGAGAGACCACAAGAAAGUCAACCCCACAGCUGCGCAGAGUCUUUCCAAACAGAAUGUUGUCCUCACAGGAUUGUCCUUCUCUGACAACUCUAAAGAAGGAUAUGCCCGUGUGGAGGCCAUGUUUCCACCACUGUCCGCUGUGAGCGUGUGUGUACGUGCCCAGUAUGCCCCACAACAUAAAGAGGUGUCCACCCUAUUCUCAUACGCUGCACCUACCCUGACCAACGAAUUCCAGCUUCGUGGAUACUUAGACAAGUCCAAGCUACAAGUCCUGCUGGCCCUCAUCAUCCAUGGAAAGCAUCAUUCCUACAAAGCUUGGUUUCCUAACAAUGGUGGCUGGCAUCAGAUUUGCGUUACUUGGCGGAAAAGUGAUGGACUUUGGAAUAUUUAUGUGGACGGCGAAAACCGAGACUCGGGUUCGGACAAAGCCUCGUCCCGGGAUAUCUACGGAGAUGGGAUAUUUAUUCUGGGACAGGACCAGGAUUCUUUUGGGGGGAAUUUCACUGAGCCAUUUUUGGGGAACAUGACAGAUCUAAACAUUUGGAAUUCGUGGCUGCUGGAGAGUGAGAUUAAGAUGCUUUUCAUGUGUUCACCUUCCUCAACUUUAAAGCCAUUUUUCAGCUGGCAAGAGCACAAUCUGUAUCUCCACACUGUUGUGAAGGAGAUUUCAGGGAUGGUGCAAUGUCCAGGUUUGCUGCAGCAGAAACAGAAAGAGCAGGAUUCCUGCCGAGUUCUGAAUGACUUUAGUAAUGGUAAACCAAAAUACAGCACGGCACCUUGUACAAACACUCAUCCCUUCAUCUGCAAAAUCGGGAAAGAACGCUAUCUGAAGAAGAAAGAGCUGGAGGAGUCGUUGAUUUCGCAUCCGAGUCCCCUCAUGCAAAACCUCUUGAGACAUGGCGUGACCACUGAAGAUAUCCUUGGUAUGCCUGAUGCAGACGACACCUGGCCUGGAGUCUCACAUCUGCUUAAUGUCUCAGAGUCUUACCUGCAGGAGUCCCGGGGCCAGCUGGAGAGCAGGGAUGUUCCAUCUCUGGUUGGGAUGCUGUCUCGUGUUGCUGAGCUGCCAACCACAGGAGACCAGAGCCACAAGAUGGCAUAUGCAGUCAGCCACAGCUUCAUCAGUCUGGCGGAUACACUCAUAAGUGAGGAGAUCAUGGACAAAUGGAAGACCAUCAGAGAGGUGGUUAGUGGACCAAUGGUUGUGGUGCAGACCAUCGACCGUAUGGCAUCUAAUCUCAGCCCAUUGCUUCUAGGGGGCACAGACCACGUCCAAAUAAACAGCAGCAAUAUCAAACUGCAGGUCAGACAGAAGAACGUGUCUGAGAGUUCUCAUGGAUCAGAGUUCUGCGGUUCCAGGACAGCCGGUCCCACAGGUCUGGACUGCAUCUCUCUUCCACCUCAAAGCAUGAAAGACCUCCACAAUGAGGGCUUCGGGAAAGUGACUCUGUUAAACGCAUGGUAUGGCACCUUAAGGCCGCUGUUGAAUGGAGAGGAAAACAUCACACUUAUCCCUGUUAGCACUAACACCUCGUUCACGUAUAAGGGGACGGUCCUGGGCUCAUCGCUCAUUUCCAGCACAGUGAUGGCUGAUGGGAAGUUCGUCAGUCUGGGUGUGCAGUUUACGCUCCACCAUCCCACUCCGAGCACUUCAGGGAUCGUUCACAAGCCGAUCUGUGCCUUUUGGGAUUUCGAGCUUCUGGCAGAGGAUAAUGGAGGAUGGUCGACCGAUGGCUGUGAGGUCAUUUCCUCACAUGAGAACGUGACUUCCUGUUACUGUAACCACACCACCAACUUUGCCCUGCUCCUGCAGAUUUAUGAAGUUCAGCGCACCCCAGAGGAUGAAAGAGCUCUACAGAUCUUGACCUUUGUCGGCUGUGGAGUGUCUCUGUGUGGCCUGAUCUUCACCUUCAUCCUCUUCAUUGCUGUCAGUGUCCCAAAAUCUGACCGCACCACAGUGCAUAAGAAUCUGAUCGUAGCUUUGGCAGCUGCCCAGUUUCUCCUCAUCUUCAGCUACUGGGCUUCUGCUAACCAGGAGCUGUGUUUGAUGGUGACGGCUCUCCUUCACCUGUUCUUCCUGGCCUCGUUCUGCUGGAUGCUGGUUGAAGGGCUGCUGCUCUGGAGCAAAGUCGUCUCCGUGAACAUCAGCGAGGAUAAAAGAAUGAGAUUCUACUAUGCACUGGGCUGGGGCUUGCCAGUUGUCAUUGUCUCUGUAACCUUGACAGUGUCACUGAAAAAGUACAAGGCGGAGCAGCACUGCUGGCUCAACACAGAGUCUGAUAUUAUUUGGGCGUUUGUGGGACCUGUACUGUUUGUUCUUACGGUCAACUCCGUGGUCUUGUGCCGAGUCGUCAUGGUAACCGUCUCUAGCGCACGUCGCCGGGCCAAAAUGUUGGCGCCAAGCUCCGCCUCCAAAUCGAAACCCCUAGAUUUGACAUGGGCAGCGACGCGGCCAGUCUUGAUCCUGAUGCCGGUUCUGGGUCUCACGUGGCUGUGUGGUGUUCUGGUUCAUCUCUCUGUGGUUCUGGCUUACCUGUUUGUUGCACUUAAUGCCUUCCAGGGUUUGUACAUCUUCCUGGUCUAUGCGGUUUAUAACAGUGAGGUGCAGAAUGCUAUAAAGAGAAUCCAGGAGAAGAGAAAAGCUCUGUCCUUUACUAACUGCUCUCAGCCAGUCAGCUUCUUGCCCUCUCAGAAGACUCCUGGUGCAUCAUGGGUAGACAGCUUGCCCACCCCUUCCAGCCCGGAUAGCAGCAGCUCCAGUCACAUGACCAACUCUACAGCCAGCUCGCUCGUCAUUAAGAACGAAAGUUUCAGAAAUGACAAACCUGUAAGCUUCUCCUUAAAACCGACUGCAGAAAAUACAGUGGUUCAGCUGAUGGCCUUCAAACCCUCAGCCUGUUGAAGACAAGACUCUGGUGGACAACAUAUGCUGCUGACCCAUACACACACACACACACACACACACACUCACUCACACACACACUCACUCACACACACACACACUCACACACAGAGUGAAGCAGCUGGAGAAGAGCGGGCCUCUCCCACACUGCAGUCUCCCUCGUUCCCAGGGUUAAAGUGAAACAGUGCUCUGGUGUGUGUGUGUGUGUGUGUGUGUGUGUAAGUUCACUCUUCUCCAAGCUCAGACUGCUUAGUUAGCAUUAGGAGCAGACACGCAGCGAGUCACACCACACCGUACCUUCAGACCAGACGGCUUCAGCUGUCAGAUGCUUGAAGCAUGAGUGUAGCUGAGUAGGUUCACGUAGAUAUGCUGUAGCGUCACCAAAAACACACACUCUGACGUACAACAUGCUUUAGUCCUGUGUGACGUGACCACACUGACACCUGCCUACCAUGAGGGCAGCAAAUAGGAAGGGUUGGGAUUAGCGAGGCAUCGGUGCACAAAACGUAGUUUAUAGAAAAAAUUCAUUUGCUGUUUGUUUAUUUGUUUGUUUGUUGUUUAUUUGUGUCUGUAUGAUCUGACGAAACCAUAGAGACCUGAUUUUAUUUCUGUUUCACAUAGAUGUAAAUUAUGUGUGUCCUUGUCCAAAAAAAUAAAUAAAAAAAAUGUUGGUGAAUUGCUUUGACAAUAAGGAAAAACCCUGUAAAUAAACCUGCUGUAAAA